AUGACGGGAAGCACAUUUUCCCGAGCAACGUCCCUACUCAACAAACUCUCAUCCAUAUCAGAACUAAAACAACUUCAAGCCAUAAUCACCAAAUCAGGUCUUCACUCUCACAUUCCCCUCACAACCAAACUCAUUUUCUUUUCAGCUCUUUCUCCAUUCGGUAACCUCUCACACGCUUAUUCUCUUUUUCAACAUUCUUCCAUUCUUAUCCACAACCCCUUCAUUUCCAACACCAUGAUUCGUGCUUUUUCUCAUAGUUGUUUCCCUCUUCAAGCCUUGCUUAUUUAUAACCAAAUGCUAAUCAACAACGUUGUUUCUGAUAGUUACACUUGCAACUUUGUGCUUAAAGCUUGUUCCAGAGCUUAUAAGUUGAUACAGGAAAGCGGUAGUUGUGAUGAUGAUAACCUUGUUGUUGUUUAUAAUAAAGGAACUGAAAUUCACUGUAGAGUUAUCAAAAUAGGAUUUCAAAAUGACCCCUCUGUUCAAAAUUCUUUGCUUUAUUUCUAUUCACAAUGUGGGUUGGUCUCGGUUGCACGCCAUCUGUUUGAUCAAAUUAAAGAUACAAGUUUGGUUUCUUGGAAUAUUAUGAUAUCAGCGUAUGAUCUUGUUAAUGAUUAUGAAUCGGCGGAUUACCUGCUUGAAUUGAUGCCGUGUAAGACUGUCGUUUCGUGGAAUACCCUGAUUGCGAGAUACAUUAGGUUAGGUGAUGUUCAGGCUGCCAGGAGAGUGUUCGGUUGUAUGCCUGAGAGGAAUGCGGUUUCGUGGAAUUCUAUGAUUGCUGGUUGUGUUUCUGUUAGAGAUUAUGCGGGAGCGUUGGAACUCUUUUCUGAGAUGCAAAAUGCGGGAGUGAAACCGACAGAGGUAACACUUAUAUCGAUCCUGGGUGCCUGUGCCGAAACUGGUGCACUGGAGAUAGGUCACAAAAUAUACGAGUCUCUUAAAGUGUGUGAGCAUAAGAUUGAAAGUUAUUUAGGUAAUGCGCUUGUGAAUAUGUAUUGUAAAUGUGGGAAUUUGAGCUUGGCUUGGGAAAUAUUUAAUGGGAUGAAGAUGAAAACUGUGAGUUGUUGGAAUGCUAUGGUUAUUGGUUUGGCUGUCCAUGGUUAUUGUGAGGAGGUUUUCCAAUUGUUUACAGAGAUGGAAGAAAGUCUCGGUGGUAGUAUUAGGCCGGAUCGGGUGACAUUUAUUGGUGUUUUAGUUGCCUGUAGUCAUAAAGGUUUGGUUGAUAAAGCAAGAUGGUAUUUUGAUCAUAUGGUAAAGCGGUACAAAAUUGUGCCUGAUAGCAAGCAUUAUGGUUGCAUGGUUGAUCUUUUAAGCAGAUGGGGUUUGUUGGAAGAGGCUUAUCAAAUUAUUAUGACCGCCCCUUUUCAAAAUAGUGUUGUGUUGUGGAGAACAUUGCUGGGUGCUUGUAGGACACAAAGUAACACUGAGUUAGCUGAGAUUUCCUUCAAACAACUUGCCAAAUUGAAGCAACUAAUAGAUGGAGAUUACGUUUUGUUAUCUAACAUUUAUGCUGAAGCUGGGAGAUGGGAUGAGGUUGAGAGAUUGAGGAGUGAAAUGGACUACUUGCAUGUUCCUAGGCAAGCUGGCUACAGCCAAAUCAAUAUGAAAGAAUCUGAUAGACUAUCCUGA